AUUUUAUCCACAAAAUAUUGUUUUCUAAUCAAGCCGCCGCUGUUUGUGGAUGAAAUAAUAGUUUAAUCGAAAUACUGUAUUGUUGGCGCUGAAAGUUAUGCCGAUCUUACUUGAUCUUCUCCAAAGGAAAGUCUAAGGAAGAGGAAGCGACCGCAGUAAUGGAGGGAAAGCUUGUUUUUCACCUCAUAGCCAUUGUGAUUAUGACGGGGUAUGUCUGCAGCAUGCAUCAAGGUCACAAGAGAACUUUGACUUCCUUGGCGGCAGAGAAACGAGUAACGGUUUGUUCUAAACGAAAGAGUCCACUCACAUGCGAGUCACCUGGAUCAGCUAUCGCUAUAACAGGGGUCUUUUGGGGUCGGGAAUCCCCUAAUAUUUGCCCCUCGGAUGACGGCGAUCCGGUGACAAACUGUCACACAGCCCCCGAGACGGAACACAUCGUCAAGGAAAUGUGCGAAGGAAUGGGAAGUUGUGUAUUGGAAGGAAAAGCCGACAAGCUACAGAAAACAAAGCAUUGCUUCGGUGUCUCGAAAUAUCUCUCGGUGAACUAUACUUGUGUGCCUCAGAAUAAAGAAGCGAUUUUGUGCGACUCGGAGCGAUCAAUGAUUUCCUGCCCGUCUGACUGGCUUCUUAGAAUAAAUACAGCUUUCUGGGGCCGUGACAGAACUGAAGUUUGUCCAUCUGCGAAAGGGCAGGAACUCUGCCCUGGCGCAUCAGAGACUGUCUCUAAACUAAGGAGUAGAUGUAACAAUAUUCCUUUCUGCCCUUUGCAAGCGUUUUACAGGGAACUGCAAAAUGGCGGCGAAAACUGUCCUCAUAUCGAGAAGUACCUCGUAGUGAACUACAGUUGUCGACCCAGUCCUGAAAUCGGACGGCGCGGUCAGCUCGGCCUUAUUCCUCUUUCAGUUUACCGCGGACUUCGAAGCCGAUCGCUAAUUUGGAAACCAUCCCCAAUGAUAAGGAGGAAUAAAUUUCGAAAGAAGAGUUUUCGAAGAAAGAAACUUCAUUUGUAGGGUGUUAACGUAUGUCAAAACGAUCAAGUAAAAGUCAUGCCAGCAAUAGUAUUUCCACUUAUAGUCCAAGCAGAGCGUACGGAGUAUUCUUUGCGGCAGAAGUUUCGGGUUUAUCUCGUUACAAUACACAUAUACGUCAAUGCAAAAAUAAACAAU